AGCAAAGGAUUCCCCCCACCCACCCAGCUUUCCGGAAGUGAAAUGGCGGGAGUCUCAGCUUCACUGUCCACAGCCCCCCCGGAAGCGGAAACAGAAUCCCAACCUGCCCCUUCCUCAUUGCCCUCCAAAUCCCUGUGUAGCCAUUGCUGCAGCCACGAUGCCGAAACGAAAGAAGCAGAAUCAGCAGCACCAGCCUCCACCGCCGCAGCCCCCAUUGCCAGAGCGUGAAGAGACUGGAGAUGAGGACGACGGGAGUUCCAUCGGACCACCCAGCCUUCUGGGUACUCCCCCCAUGGCCAAUGGAAAGCCUGGUGACCCCAAGUCAGCUCUUCACAGAGGUCCUCCAGGAUCAAGUGGACCAUUGAUUCCACCACUGUUGAGUCUCCCACCUCCUCCCCGGGGUAGAGGCCCAAUGCGAAGAGGCCUAGGUCCCAGGUUCGGCCCAUAUGGUCGUGGUUGGUGGGGCAUCAAUGCUGAACCUCCUUUUCCAGGACCAGGUCAUGGGUCCCCCCACAAAGAGCAGAGAAACCCUCGAAGGCUCAAAAGCUGGUCUCUCAUCAAAAACACCUGUCCUCCUAAGGAUGGACCCCAGGUUAUGGAAGACAAAUCCAACCGUCCCGUCUGCCGACACUUUGCCAAAAAGGGCCACUGUCGAUACGAAGACUUCUGUGCCUUCUACCACCCAGGCGUGAAUGGCCCUCCUCUGUGAGACUGUGCCUUCCCAUCCAGGC